UUGAUUUCUAAAUUUCUGUUUUAAUAAGCUCGUGGCAUUCAGCGCACUGCAGUGAGACAAGCUCAUCACAAAUAUGAACCUAACUUCCAUGAUAAAUAUGGCAACAUGAUACUCAUCGGUGGAGCCGUAGUUUUUACUGCUGUUUGGGGAUAUGUGUUAACACGAGCUGGAGUUGAGUGGGGCUUGUCACCUGUUGGCAGAGUCACUCCAAAAGAAUGGAAAGAGUAACAGUCAACAUACUAUGAACUGGUGUAAACUUUCACUGAAGACAGCGCUCAUGCUACGAAUGUAGCGGCAUUUGUUUCCCGAUUACCACUUGUAUCGUGGCAUUCCUUGAUGUAAUAAACAUACCUAGAAACCUG